AGUUGGCAAGUUACUGUUGCAUGGUGGGUAAAUUUCAAGAUGGUGGUCCUGAAAGGCAUUCCCCGUAUCCUGUCUCCCGAGUUACUGUACGUGCUCGCCCGUAUGGGCCACGGAGACGAGAUAGUUUUGGCUGAUGCGAAUUUCCCAACCAGCUCAGUCUGUAGCAGUGGACCAAUCCAAGUGAGGGCUGAUGGCCACUCCAUUCCUGACCUGCUGAAGGCAGUUCUACAGCUGCUGCCGAUGGACACGUAUGUGGAAUCACCGGCAGCUGUGAUGGACCUUGUACCUGGGGACAAAGAAAAAGGACUGAAAACUCCUGUGUGGGACACAUACAGAGAACUGCUGAAGGAGUCAGGCUGUACUGCACCACUAGAGCAAGUUGAGAGGUUUGCCUUCUACGACAGAGCCAAGAAGGCAUUUGCUGUGGUGGCUACUGGAGAAACUGCACUGUAUGGGAAUAUCAUUCUGAAGAAAGGUGUCAUUGCUGUAGAUUAAGUAUAGAUUAAACAGUUUAAUGGCAUAAGGGAAAUGUUGAAUCAUAUGUUACCAGUGAUUCUACAUUUGGAAUUAUAGUAUUCCGCAGGAAAUUAGCUGAAACUUGCAAAUUAAGGAUUAAAGUGAAACCAACAUUUUGUAGUUGUCAAUAUGUGACAUACUUGAGAUACUAAAUGCUUUUAACUUUCAAACCUAUGUUUUAUUGAGUUCUUGUGUCAAAUUCCAAACUGGUCACUGUGAAACAAUAUAUGGGAUAAAUUUCUACUAGGAAGAGUGCAAUGUUCGAUAAUAUUUGGUAGUGCAAUGUUUGAUAAUAGGUAAAGAAUAAUAUUUGGCACAACUUCUUCUGUGUUAGUUAAUUGAAUAACUAUAAUUUUGCUAAUUGAAUAUAUUCAAAAUGUUUUUAUUUUAUCCAAACAAUGUUUAAGGCUUAGUAUAGUUGAUCAAAUAAAAUCAUUGAAAAUGUUAUGCACAGAUGUUAUUAUAUCUAUGAUGAUAAUGAACAAGAUGUGAGAAAAUGUUUUGAAAGAUUUUAUUAACAAGCUAGGGAAUAGAAAUUAUAGCUCUAUUCAGACCCAUGCUGUGAUCAGACUAAUUGUCUUUAGGGAAUUAAUAGCCAGUUUUUACAAUCAUAACAGAUCACUUCAUACAAUAUAGCAUCUUUAUACUUUUGUCACACACGGUCUUGCAUACCUUCUUUGUAAACUACUAUAUGUAUUGAGACGAUUGUAAAAAAAACAUUUAGAGUCAAGGAAAAUUUGCUUUUGUUG